GACGGCCGAUUUCUUCUAAUUCCUCCGCGGGGUUGGCGGUGCCUGCUCCGGGUUAGGGCUUGGGCUUUUGCGAGACACUGCACCCCGGGAAACCAGCUGCCGUUAGGAUUGUUGAAUGAGCUGUGAAGGGAGUGGGGAUGUGGAUUUUGCUCUUAGAGUCAUAAAAUAUUAGAGCCAGAAGCUCUUGUUCAGCAUCCUCAAGCAGCAGCGGUUUUGCCCAAAGGUGGGCAGGGCCAAGCAGGAACCCUGGCACAUGGGAGAACAGGAGAGCUGAAGAGGCCAGGCAUUGUUGCCUGGAAGAUGGCAAGAGUUGUCUCCCAGCUCUUGCUAGGAUCUGCUCCUCUGACAGCUGAAGAAGAAACCACUGUUAAAACUCCCCCUGUGUCUUCAGGGGCUAGAGAUGCUAUAACUGUUUGACUCAAAGGCCUGGAAUAAUCCAGGCUCCAGGAGAAUUGAUUGAGGCCUCUUCUAACUUCAAGAGUCUUCCCCCACGGAAUCAGCAGGCUCUGGAUACUUCAUGGAACAUGUGGAGCCAGGCAGAAAUUCUUGGAAGCCCUGAUGACUUCAAACCUGCUUCUAUUGACACUUCUUGUGAAGGAGAGCUUGAAGUCGGCAAAGGUGAACAGGUGACAAUUACUCUACCAAAUAUAGAAGGUUCAACUACACCAGUAACUGUUUUCAAAGGUUCAAAGAAACCUUACUUAAAAGAAUGCAUUUUGAUUAUUAACCAUGAUACUGGGGAAUGUCGACUAGAAAAACUCAGCAGCAACAUCACUGUAAAAAGAACAAGAGUUGAAGGAAGCAGUAAAAUUCAGUAUCGUAUAGAGCAGCAGCAGCAACAAAUGCGGAAUUCAGCUAGGACUCCCAAUCUUGUAAAACAUUUUCCAUUGGAAGACAAGAUGUCCCCAGCAUCUCCGAUGGAUGAUAUUGAAAGAGAACUGAAGGCAGAAGCUAGUCUCAUGGACCAGAUGAGUAGUUGUGAUAGUUCAUCAAAUUCCAAAAGUUCAUCAUCUUCAAGCAGUGAGGAUAGUUCUAGUGAUUCAGAAGAUGAAGAGUGCAGAUCCUCCCCUUCUGAUCCAGGGAAUUAUGUCUCAGAACAUCCUACCAUGUCUACCAUGCCACAGUGCAGGAUUCCUGAGAUAGUGGCCGGUCAUAAUAAACAUGACAGCAAUGGCCUUCUGAUGAAUACUUUAAGAAAUGAUUUGCAGCUGAGUGAAUCAGGAAGUGACAGUGAUGACUGAAGAAAUAUUCAGCUAUAAGUAUAAAGUUUAUAAGACAUGUGACAAUUUAUUUUAUAUUAGGAAUAAAAAUUCCUAAGACUGAGGAAAAUGUAUCUUAACUUUGAUGAUAAGAGAAAUUUAAUAUGAUUCAGAAUUUUCAGUUGAUGUUACAUUUUUUACCUUUUAUGGGUACCGGCAUGUUCAUGUGUUUUCAUUUAAUCUUAACAAAACUCCUAGGAAGUUUUACAGAUGAGAAAACAAACUUCAGGGGUUAGGUUACUUGCCCACAUAUUGUUAACAAGUGGCAGAUCAGGGGUUCUGAAGUUCAGGUUCAGUGUUCUGUUUCACCACACUGCUGUUUUCAAUUGUGAAUGGCAAAACUGUUGAUUUAUAAUAAAUG